AUGGCACCUGUGUUUAUGUCUCCAUCCUUCUUUGAUCCAAGUCUACUUGUAUAUGCUUUAAGAGGUACAAGUCAAAGCAAUGGAAUAAGAUGUGAAUUUUUUAGCUGGGAUUUGUCAAUAAGUGAGGAAGAUUUGAAAGCAUUUUGCUAUAACUUUGUCAAAAAUGGAAGAGCUCAAGGGGUUUUCCUUUACUCAGAAAAAGAAUGGGGAAGAGUUGGAGUUUAUCUUGUUGGUUUCAAGGCAGCCUUUGACUACUGGAGACCUUUUAUAGCAGCAGAGAUUCAGAAGAUGCAAAAGCACAUUUUACCUGAAUCUGAGCCAUUUAAAGUUGGCAUUAUGGAAACAAAGAUUUUUCAUGAAAUGAAAACCAAGCUUGAAGCAGAAUUUCAAGUCCAAAUCAGUUUUGAGUCAGAUAAUGUGAGGAUUACUCCAGCCACACAGGAAGCCAUUGAAAAAGUAUUUAGAAGAGUUAAGGAGAUGCGUGAAGGUUGCAGAGUCUUAGAAUUGCCAUUUGUAUUUUGCUCCUUUCUUUUACAUCAGGGAAGGGCAAAGUUACAUGUAGAGAAUGAAAUUGAAAAAUUGUACAACCUUAAAGUUCACUUAGUACCGAUUGAGGAAAAGGAUGUUUUGAACAUGCUGGCAUUUGAAGAAAAGGGUAAAGGAUUGGGAGAAAUAGAAAUGUUAGUAAACAAAUUCUUAUUUUUGAUUCCUUCAGAAGAUGCUCUUUGUCAGCUGGUUUUUAGUACAGAGAGUGGAAAGGCAUUAUUUGCACAAGUUGUCCAGGAAAAUGAGGGAAAACUUAGCAUUAUAGUGAAUGAAAGAACACAAAUGUGCUGUGUAGGAACAAAGGAUAUAGAAGAAAAGGUCAAGAAAAGGUUGUUGGCAUCUUUGAUGACUCAAGAGUAUGUAGAGCUUCCUUCUGAAGAAGUGUGGAAUUUUUGUGAAAAAUACUGGCAAUUUGAUGACAUCCAGAAAAACUUCCAUUGUGAAGUAAAACUUGCAAAAGAUGUGAAGUUUGCUUGGGCAAUAGUAAUUAAUGGACAAAUGAAAAAUGUCUCUCAUUGUCACCAACAAAUUGCAAUAGCAGUUGGAAAGAUUGAUACAAAACCAGUUGAAUUUCUUAAUUUCACAAAUGGCUUUGAAUCUGAUGUGAUUAAAAAAUUGAAUGAAGAAAAAAGGUGCUUCGUUAACCUAAGAUCUAGGACACCAAUUCCUUGGAAAAAAUGGAUUGAAAGAAGAGGUUCGGGAAGAAGUUUAACUUACUCUCUCAGCUUUGAUACCAUUUCAGUAAUAGGAGCAGAUGACCUCAAAAUAACUCUGUUGCCAGAGGAGCAAAGUGGAGCCAAAAGUAAAAAAGAUUUUCAAUCUCUUGAUGAUGAUUGGGUGCAGAUGUUUGUCCCUUCUAUGGGCGAUGAAAAGAAAAAGGACACUGUUUCAAGAAAAAUAAAUUCAAUUUUGAAUUUGGAGAGGAGAAAUAUAUUGGUGGACUGUGAACGUUUGCAGGAGAAAGAGUUGAAAUAUUGCAUGAAAUUAAUGUGUUACAUUUUAAAUGAAAGGGUUGGAAAAGACCUAGAGAUAUCAAAAUGUGAGUUUCAUGACACCAGACAAGAGAUGUUCUGUUGGAUGACUGAGAUUAUCGAUAAACAUCUCAACAACAAGAAUGUAAAUGUGAUGGAGUGGAAAGGAAGAAUAAUAGACAUGGAUGUUCAGGAGGGGCAGUUAGCCCAUCAGAAGGUAUUGAAUUUUUUAAUGUUAUUAUCAUUUGGUGCUUAA